AUGUAUUAUCGUUUACUUCUCAAAGAAUGUCGACAAUUAAUUCAUACUUCACACAAUAUUAAUCAACUAAAACCUUUAUCAGAAUUAAAUGCUUUUCUAUGUCGAUUAUCAAUUGGUAUUACAAAUACAAAUAUUCAUAUAUUCAAAAAUUUCUUCUUGAAAAAAUCUUUUAUUGAUGAACUUUGUGAUUAUCUUAAUGAUAUAACAAAUAGUCACAUAGAAAAUUCUUUCUUUAUAUCAAUUGUCGAUUCAAUGAUUGCAGCUAUUUAUCGAUUACAUGAUAAAGAAAUUGACAAUAUACCACAUAAUUCUAUCCAUGAACAAUUAAUAAAUUCAAUUGUACAAUAUAUUAUUUCAAUUCAUUUCAAUGAAGAUUUAACAAGUGUAAGUAUCACUUCUGAACAACGAAUAAUACUGAAAAAUUAUUUACAUUAUAUGGCAAAUUUGAAACCAUCAUAUGAACAUCAUUGGCAAACGAUUAUAAGUCGAUCACAACUUCAAUCAUUUGUUCAAUGGUUUGAAAAUACAAGUCAAUUGGCUGUUGAUUGGUGGACGCCCUAUAAAAUAACUAUUAUUGAUUAUUUUCUAACAAUAUUCUCUAUUUGA